AUGCCUCUGAUUGAUCCUUGCGUUCGAUACUUUAGCUCAACUCUUGCGUGUUGCCGUUAUAUUCAUAUCUUACAGCUCAGUUACCCGUACUUUAUAUUAUUGGCGGCUGUCGCGCGUAAACAAAAGAAUAACAUACAAGAGAAAGAUGCUUUAUCGUUCAGAUUAAUAAAAAAAUACUCAACAGGACGACUUCAAAUCACGGAGAUAUUCUGUAUGUCAAAUUAUAACCAGCCCGUGGUGCGAAGGUCUACUUAUGAGCCGCUGCGCAGAAGACUGCAUUCAAGGCCUUCGUUACCGCGUUCAGCAACGCAACCUCCCACAGACUCACAGCAACAACUGGGAAUAGACGGGCAUCAAGAUCAAAAACAUCAAGGCCAAUUACCAGUAAUGGGGUCAAACAUGCGAGUUUAUGUUCGUUGCAGAUCCAGAAAUCAGCGAGAGAUAGAUGAGAAGAGCUGCGUUGUAAUAUCAACAAUGGGCGCUAAGGGUAAAGAAGUUGUAUUGUCCAAUGGGCCCAAUACGCUCUCUCAGUAUAAGAAGACUUAUAUGUUCGAUCAGGUUUUUGGGGCAGAGAGUGAUCAGGAGACAUUGUUUAACUCAGUCGCACGUAGCUAUAUUCAUGAAAUGCUUCAAGGAUACAAUUGUACUGUAUUUGCGUACGGGCAAACCGGCACAGGAAAAACGUACACCAUGUCUGGCGAUAUAGUCAUUUUGGGGGACUUGGAAUCGAAGGAUAAAAUAUUGUUGGGAGAGCAUGCUGGCAUUAUACCGAGGGUUCUUGUGGAUCUUUUCAAACAACUCUCAGAGGAGAGUAGAGAAUAUUCAGUGAAGGUAUCUUUUCUAGAGCUUUACAAUGAAAAGUUGAAAGAUCUCUUGGCAGAUGGUGAUGAAGUUGAGGAAAAAAUUCGUAUAUUCGAUAAUAAUAUGGGAACCCAGUACAGCAAACAAAAUAGCUCUAACGGUAAUAAUCACAGCAAUGCUGCAAAUGGGAAUGGCAGUAGUUUUGCCAAUUCGUCAUCCUCAAUUAUGGUAAAAGGAAUGGAAGAAAUAUAUAUCAAGUCAGCAAACGAAGGCUUACAACUUUUGACGACUGGUUCUUUGAAAAGGAAGGUUGCCGCAACGAAAUGUAAUGAUUUGUCUUCAAGAUCUCAUACUGUGUUCACAAUAACAACAAAUGUUUCAAAGACAGAUCCGAUAUCUGGUGAACAAUACAUCAAGAUCGGAAAAUUGAAUCUUGUCGAUCUGGCCGGAAGUGAGAAUAUCAACAGGUCUGGAGCGGAAAAUAAAAGAGCGCAAGAGGCAGGCCUAAUAAAUAAAUCUCUUCUGACUCUGGGUCGUGUUAUAAAUGCUCUGGUAGAUCAUUCACAGCACAUACCGUACAGAGAAUCCAAAUUAACAAGAUUGUUGCAAGAUUCUCUGGGAGGAAAGACCAAGACUUGCAUAAUAGCUACCAUUUCACCUGCUAAAAUAUGUAUGGAUGAAACUGUGAGCACUUUAGAGUAUGCCACUCGAGCGAGAUCAAUCAAAAAUACUCCACAAAUAAAUCAAUCGAUGUCUAAGAAUUCGUGUAUCGUUGAAUACAUACACGAAAUAGAUAGACUAAGGCACGAACUUAAGGCAUCCAGGCAAAAGGAAGGUAUGUAUAUUACUGAAGAUCAAUACGAUUUAUAUGAAAGUAAUGGAAUUUUGGUCGAAGAGCAAAAGGUUAGAAUUCAAAACAUGGAAGAACAAAUCAAAAAGUUCAAAGAGAAAUAUGUGGAGCAAACAGAUUUGAAUAAAAAGACUGAAAAAAGACUGAUAGAAUCUGAGCUGGUACAAAGCACUUUACAAGAACAAAAAAGGGAAAUUUUGCACACUUUUAAUCUCUAUCAGGCCAGUUGUAAGCAUUAUGCAGAAAAGGUAGGCGAAAUUCACCAGCGUAACUUGAGACUAAUACAUGCAUUACAGUUAGAGCGUAAAAAUAUUCAUGAAGCGUCCAUUGACGUCAGUAAAAGCAUAAGUGAAACACUUCAAUUUGUUAAUCUCAAAGCCGCAGAACUGAAUAUUCUCAAUACCAACCUAGAGUCACAUACAUUGACAUUUAAAAAAGCCUCCACCCUGAUUCUAAAGGACAUAAAAAAUGCAUUAUGCGAUGGAUCUAAAACUAUCAAUAAUGAACUUAACUCCAUUGGUUUUAGCAAAUUCAUCACGCAAAUUCAAGAGAUGCAUACUUCUUUAUCAAAUGCAAUUGAGAGUUUUAAAAAGACUCCGUGGAAUAAAGAAACAGACGUUAUAUAUGCCUGUCAUAGGGAAAAAAUCCUUGCCUGCUACGAAACAAUCAAUGAAUAUCAUAGACUAAUAAAAAGCUCAUUCGUCGAGUUACUGAAAAAGAUACAGCAGGGUUCCAAAUCGAGCCUCACAAACGUUCUUCAAGUUGGUUUAGGCGAUUUGGAUAUAUUUUUAAAUAUCAUACUCGAACAGAGAAAAAAAUUAGACCAGUUGGAGCAAGAAAUAUCUGAUAAUAAAGUGAUUAUCCAGAAAUCAGAAGCUUUCAAUCAGCAGUUUUACCAGUAUUUCCAAGACCGACUUAAAACCGAACGCUCAAACAUGUUUAGAACAAUAAUAGAGUCUAUUGAACAAACAGAAAGGCAGCAGAUGUCAUCGGAUGAGGAACUGCUCUAUAGUGCUACUAAUAAAAUCCAGAAAUAUCAGCACGAGCUUUUAGAACAUCAGCAAGACAAUAUUAAGCAGAUGAGUCACCAUGGAUCAGUUUCACUCAGCACGUUGAAAGGACAACUCGAUCACGUUAUUGGGAACCUCCAUAAAAUAUCUCGAGAAGAAACAGAUUCUUUAGACCAACUUUUCCCCUACGAUUUCAUUUCCGAAUCGUUUCGAAACCUUGAGAAGAAAAUUUCCUCGGAAUUCAACGAAGAUUCGUCUCAGAGAUUGUUAAAGCUAACGGAUGGUUUAGAGUCAAUCAUUACCUCAAAGUGCCGUGACCUAGAGUCUGAAGUGACAGGUAUUGUAGAGAAGACUAAAGUUGGAAUGAAAAGGGAAACCAGUAAUAACAAAGAUCGUUUACAAUCUGUAACACGAGCGGUAACAUCUAUAUUCGAACAUGUAUCAAAGCAGUAUAAUGCGAACCUCAACGAAGUUUUGAACAAACACAAUAGCACUAUAAAAGAUUAUUCGAAGGAAACAAGGGAAAUGACGGGCACGUUACAAAAUACCGAGGACCUAGGUGGAAUACCUCAACCAAAUGAAUUGUCAGUUGAUGUAGAGAAAGAUAUUGCACCUGAUUUGCCAAAGCUCGAAAGCCCAAGAGAUUAUAGAAUUUAUGAGGAUAAAGCUGACUACCAGAAUGUAAUGCCUCAUUCCCCCGCUAGUGGUAGGUUAAUGUUUUGCCCAAGUACACCUCUUCCGAUCCCAGACCAGCCCCUACCUCGAGUUCUAGCUCCUAGGAGCAUAAAUUCAAAUGCGAAGAGAUCAAAUACGGUUCCAAUUGAAGUAAAAAAAACGCAGUUGGCAAGUACAACUUCAAACGAUCUCAAAAGAGGAUUUACCUCGGAAGGUAUAUCAGCACUUGAUAGUAAUCCAUGCAUUGGAGGGCCUCAGAUAAAAAAGUUACAUGUUAAACAACUUGAAUGA